AUAAAGUGGAUUAAAAAAAAUAAAUAAUUGAUAGGCGUAAUGUAUAGAAUAGGUAAUGGUCAAUGGCCGGUGGUAUAGGUUCUCCUUGAAUAUCUGCAGUGAUCUUGGGCAGCUCUUUGUGUAUCCCUUCAAACUCUCCCACACUUGUUUCGAGAUCAAGGAGAAGAAAAGGAAGGAAGGAGGAAAACCAACAGGAUCAACCAAGGGUGAGGGCAGCGUCGCUGAAGCCAAGCUCAUGGAUGUGCUAGGACUAAUCCGGAUCAGGGUGCGCCGUGGGAUCCAUCUGGCCGUGCGCGACACCCUCAGCAGCGACCCCUACUGCGUCGUCUCAUGCUCCAACCAGAAGGUCAAGACCAAGGUUGUGAGGGGCAACUGCAACCCUGUGUGGAACGAGGAGCUCACUAUCUACAUCAAGGAUUUCGAUUCUCCCAUAGUGCUGUCUGUGUACGACAAGGACACCUUCACGGUGGAUGACAGCAUGGGGAGCGCGCAGAUAGACAUCGAUCCGCUCAUAAAAUGCCUGAAGCUGGGGCUGCAGAGCCUGCCGGAAGGGACGAGAGUGGAGAGGGUGCAGCCGACGAAGGAGAACUGCCUGGCUGAGGAGAGCUUCAUUGUGUGGACCAAAGGAGGGAAGAUGACACAAGACAUGAUCCUCAAGCUCAAUGAUGUUGAAUCCGGACAAGUCCAACUCCAGAUUGAAUGGAUUGAGAUUCCUGGCUGCAAAGGCCUUCGUGUCUAAUCCAAAUCACGCAAAUUAAACCUCCUCCCUUACUAUCUAUUUGAAUUCUCUCAUCUACCUCUUAUAUAUCAUUUCCAAUUUGUACUUAUAUUGUUUUUGUAAUUAGAACUGGCUUCAUUUUGCUUAGUUACUUUUUUUGGUAUAAUAUAUC